AUGGAUUUUGAAAAUGAAUUCGAACAUUCAUCUUUAGCUGCAUCGUCGUCCACAGCACGAACACUUUUUGAUGAACUUCGAGACAUGCAUGUAACCGACUUUGAAAAAUCUCAAGAUCUUGGAGAUGAAUUUUACGAAUUAUAUGAAUCGCAUGAAGAAUGGGAUGAGUAUGAACAGGGAGACAAUGAAUAUAGUGAGGAAAUUGAGUUCUCAGGAGAUCAAUCAUCCAAAGUCAAUAAAUUUGUUCCGCAAUUAUUUGACGACGUUGACGAGCAAGAUCCGCUCUAUGACGCACUUGAAGCUUAUAUCGAAAAACUUGGCGAUGAGGAAUUAAAAGAACUCUUGAAUAAGGCAAUUUUCUAUAUUUAG